CCAUCCAUCUCCACCCCUCCAUCCUUCCAACCAUCCCCAAUCCUCCGUUCUCACCCCGCUCCAUCCAUCCCUCCUUCUCCACCAACCCCUCCAUCCAUCCAUCCCGUCAUCCGUCGUCACCCACUCCUCCAACCUUCCAUCCAUCCUCACUCAUCUGUUCUCACCCACCCACCCUUCCUUUAAUCCUCCAUCCCCACCCCUCUCCCCCACUCCAUACCCACAGGCCCCUCCACCUAUCCCUCCCCACACACCCGUCUACCCCUCCACCCGUUCCGUUCCCCACUAUUACCACAGGGGCUGCUCACAGCAUCCUCCACCCCGGAUGGGAGCCUAAGUACCAUCCAUUCCCCCAGCCAGCUCCCUCCUGCCCUCCCUCCCCUGCUUCCUGCCCAUCACCCCUCUCCUGCUCCGCCCUGCUGCCCCCGUUCCCCCUCCCGGACCCGCCGCGCUCCCUCCUCCCGCUGCCUGCCGCCUCCCCUGGGGCCGGGCUGGGCCGGGCCAUCAGUCACUCCCUAGAGCCAGCCCCGCUCCCUCUCCCCGGCCGCCCGCGGCCGCCUGGCUCACUCGGAGCCGCUCGUUCCUGCAGGCGCGCUGGCCCCGCGGGCUCCGAUGCACCUGUAGCCGCCCCCGUCAGCGGGCCCCCCUGGGGCCGGGCGGGGCCCGAUCCUUGGAUUUACCUCCCCACGGACUGCGGAGCCGGGCUCCUGCGCUCCCUUCGGGGGACUCCCAGGGCCGAGGGGUCCGUGCCCCGCAUCCCGCCAGCCCAACGCUCGGAGCUACCAUGCGAGUGCCCCGGACUGCGGGCGCUGCCGGAGGGAGGGGGCAGCUGCCGGCCAGGCGCCCUGGGCACCAGCGCUAGGGAACCCCCACACUCCGGCUCGGCACCAUGAGAGCCCCCGGGGAGACCCUGCACCUCCUGCUGGCUACAGCGCUGCAGCUGAUCGGCUGCGCAGCUAAGGCACCACAGCCCCAGACGAAGGGGACUCCCCCACUGGGGGAAGUGAUGCAGUGGAUGGAGGUUUAUAACCGCAGCUUCUGCCAGCCGAAGGAGAUGCUGGUGCCCGUGAGCGAGGAGCACCCGGCCGAGGUGGAGCACCUGCUGGCACCCUCCUGCGUGCCCCUGCGUCGCUGCGCCGGGUGCUGCGCUGAUGAGGGGCUGCAGUGUGUGCCUACCCGCAUGCAUAUGGUGGUGAUGGAGGUGAUGAAAACCCGCUACCUGCACAGCCACCUGGGCCAGCUGGCCUUCGUGGAGCACAGUGCCUGCGAAUGCAGACCAAAGACAAAUAGCAAAGUAAAUCCAGAAAGGCCUGGGCGGCCCAAGGGGAAAAACAGCAUUGGACACAAACACAAAAAGAAGAGACCCCCUGAACGGGACUCCCCUCACCUGUCCUCCUGCCCGCCCUGCUCAGACAAACGGAAGCGCCAGGAUCCUCAGACAUGCCAGUGCCGCUGCCGGCGCAGGUCCCAGCACUGCCGGGACCGGGGCUUGGAGCUCAAUGAGCACUCAUGCAGGUGUGAGAAGCUGCGCAGAUGAUCUGACGGGGGAGGGGGGUGACCUGGGACCAGCCUCUCCCCCCCCUGCCCAAGCCCAGCUCUUCAUUGGAACAAGGACAAGACUCUGGCCCUGAGCUCCCCCUGCUGGAGAGGAGCCCAAGGAAGAUGAGCAAGGCUGCCCAGGAAUGGACCUGAUGAGAGGACUCCUGGGACCAUGCUGGGAGGGUCAGACCCCAUUAUCCACUGCCUGGACAGGACCUGUCAGGAGGGGCUGCAUCUUGCACGGCCUCUUGUGGACUGGGGCAGCCAGAUCCCAGGGCCCCUCCAGGACUCGGGCAGCUGGAUUCCAGGACCCCUCCAAGACUCGGGCAGAUGGAUUUCAGGGCCCCUCCAGGAUUGGGGACCAGAUCCUGAGGCCCCUCCAGGACUCCGGCCCCCAGAUUCCUUUGAUGCCCACCAAGGCUGCCCCAGCUCUGCUGACCAGACUCUCAUCCCUUUGUCGUUAUUUAAAGUUCCACACACACCCCUCACUGCCCCAUUCAUCCCCAAACCCCUUUAAUUUAAUACUUGCCCUCACCUUCCUCUCCAUCCCCCUGGAUCAAACCCUGUUUCCCUGCUGGAGCCAAGGGGAGGCUGGACACCAGCUCAAGGACUCUCCCAGGGCACGUCCUGCUGCUGUAACUGCCCGCACAUUGGUAUCCGGCUCUAAAGCUAUUAAAUGGAUGCGACA